UCCCCAGCAUUACAUUAUUGCAUGUACAAUUCGCUGUACGCAACAUUAAAACCUUCGCCCCGCACUCGUAUUCCUUGCCAGACGGUGCUCAGCAAACCAGAUCCCUCAACUCUCUGAGACUGCGAGCGCAUCUGAGUUCAGAAAGAUGGGUUUGAAGGAGGAAUUUGAGGAGCAUUGUGCAAAAGCCAAGACCUUGCCUCAGAAUACCACCAAUGAGAACCUGCUAAUUCUGUAUGGAUUAUUCAAGCAAGCCACAGUUGGAAACAUCAAUACAAGCCGUCCUGGUAUGUUUAACAUGAAAGACAAGGCAAAGUGGGACGCAUGGAAGGCUGUUGAAGGAAAAUCUCAGGAUGAAGCAAUGGGUGAUUAUAUAACCAAAGUGAAGCAGUUGCUUGAAGAAGCUGCUGCUUCGAGUUGAUUACUUGAAUUAAGUGCUCAUGUGGGAAUUACUUGUGCCUGACUUUCUGAAACACUAUAAUGUCAUAAGUUUCGAAGCACUCUGGUUCUCAACGUUCGUAGUCUCCAUCUGUUGGUGAUCUCUGAUCUGUUUAUGCUUGAACUGAUGUUGCUCUGUACUAUGAAUCCAUGCUAUAACAAUAAUGAUGCUUUUCAUGUUUUUCUC